CCUGUCUCGUGUGUUGGGGAUCCCGCUAAGUGCGGCCGCCUACUGAGGGCAACGGUGUCAGUGGCGGUGGCCGCGGACUUAGUGUGUGGGUGCGCUUCGGCUCGUUCUUGCCGUUACACGCAGUCUCCUCCCACGGCGAUAGACAGGGCCUUGAGCACCCAAAUGUCCGCAGGCUCGGAGAGGGCCAUGGAGGUGCGGCCGCCCGCGCCCCGGAUCUUCUCCUGCAGGGCGCUAGGUCUUUUCCCUCGGGUCUUAGCUGCGCAAGCUUUGGCCGCCGACUCGGAGCCCCUUGCGGAGGAGCAGAAGCUACCUUCCUACGUCCCCGAACCCCAUCUCCCGGAAUCUGGAUGGGACCGCCUCCGGCAGCUGUUUGUCAAAGAUGAACAGCAGAGAACGUCAGAGGAACUUGAGAAUAUUUACAGGGCAGCAGUUUCAGCAGGCAUCAUUGGCUGGGCAUACGGGGGAAUACCAGCUUUUAUUCAUGCUAAACAGCGCUACAUUGAGCAGAGCCAAGCGGAAGUUUAUCAUAACCAGCUUGAUGCUGUGCAAUCUGCACAUCAUGCUGCCACACGAGGCUUCAUCCGGUACGGCUGGCGCUGGAGUUGGAGAACUGCAGUGUUUGUGACCAUAUUCAACUCUGUGAACACUGGUCUAAAUGUGUACCAAAAUAAAAAUACCCUAAGCCAUUUUGUCAUUGCAGGAGCUGUCACAGGAAGUCUUUUUAGAAUAAACUUAGGCCUGCGUGGCCUGGUGGCUGGUGGCAUAAUUGGAGCCUUGCUAGGCACUCCUAUAGGAAGCCUAUUGAUGGUGCUUCAGAAGUACUAUGGUGAGACUCUUCAAGAAAGAAAACAGAAAGAUCUAAUAGCACUUCAUGAACAGAAACGGCACGAAUGGGAAGCCAGACUACAAUUUACAGAAAAACUCCCUGAAGAAAUUGAAAGUAAUUUACAGAAAAAUCAAUCCAACGAUGAUGUUAAGAAAAUCGAAGCCCUCCUAAAUCUUCCUAGAAAUCCUUCAUCAACAGAUAAACAAGACAAGGACUGAAAAUAUUCUGGAUAUUUGAAACUUGUCAGAGAAUUGAAAGGGCUUAUGUUGCCCUAUGUAUUGAAUGUCUGUGGUCAGCUUGCUGACAAAUGUAUGUGCUGGUAUUGGAGGUGGCUGUGAUUUGCUCUUUUUUUUUUUUUUUUUUUUUUUUAAACCAAGAUUUGGGCUGUUGUACUCUCAUUUUCCUUAUCCUCCAUUGAUAUAUUUGACAUUAUAUCUGUAUUGAUCCAUCAAUUUAUAUCUUUCCCCUUGGAUUUUACAACAGUAAAUUUAAAGUCCCAAAAAAAGUUGAAUUUUACAAGUUGUAUAUAUAUUCUUGUAAACUUUAAAAGGGUACUCUAGGAAAAACUAGGAAGAGGAGGGGAAAGAAGCAGAUAAGGGAAUAUCUAUGAAGCCCUGUGGGCCCUGAGUCCUGGAAACAAUGUGGGCCUAAUGUGUUUUAGUGUUUGGUUUUGUUUUAAUAAAAAUCAAAGAUGACUCCUGUGUCAUUUGCAAUAAAAUAUAAAUUUAAGAACCAGGAAGUAUUAUUUAGAGACAUCCAGAUUUUGUUUCUUUCUUAGUAUUUCAGAGAAAGUAUGCCAUGAUGCCAUGUAAAAUUACUUAACCUAGAUAUAGUCUCUGUUCUCCAGGAGCCUGCUGCCUUAUAAGGAAGUCUGCUGGCAGAUUGUAACUGUUACUAAGUAGGGAGGGUUGGGAUGGGGCAAGAAAUUACUGAAAUAAGUACACUGAGGGGAGAAGACUUCUAUUGCUUUGUUUUGGUUUUAGAACUACUAUGAAAACACUGUCGUUCCAUAGAAACAAGAUCUAUGAAACAGCAUAGUGUUUGGCUGAAACCUUUGGCUCUGGAGGCAGACCACUGGCCGCUAACUCCACCCAUGUGGCUCUGCAGCCAUGUGACACAUAGCAAAGCCAUUUUACUUGAAGUUUCAGUUUUUUUAUCUGUCAUAUGAAAUAGGAUCUGCUUCAGAAUUGGUGUGAAAUAAAAUGAUGCGUGUAGGGCCUCCUGGUGGCGCAAGGGGUUGGGACGUCGUAACCUAUGAAGCUGUCUGCAGCCACUGUAGCACAAGUUCGAUCCCCAGCCAGGGAACUACUCACAAGGCACAGCAGACCUCAGGCUCACCCGCUGCUCCCCUCAGCUGUGUAUUUCAGUCAAUCUGCCUGUUCUGUUCCCUGCUCUUAUCUCUGGUGGAUCCUCUCAACCCCCACGCCUCUGGCCUGUGCCCUAGUUCUUGUAUGCAUAAAUAAAUCUUUAAAAUAAAAAAUGAUGCAUGUAAAGAGUAGAACAAUGCCCAGGUGCUAUAUAAUAGUUAGUGCCCAUUACAUAAUAACAAAGCUAGUAGUCUUAAGGAUAUGAGAGCCUCUGCACCAGUAUAUUUUCACCAUAAUUUGCUAUUAUUAUCACACUCCAUAGAGAUGUUAAAAUUCUAUUCACAAAUUGUGACAAAUUAGCAAUUAGUCAAUCUGUUAUUCAUACCCACAUAUUGAUUAAAUCCUUCAACUAGAUGGUUGCUUUAGAAAAUAAUUUUAUUCAUAUCAUGAAAAUAUCAGAAUAAAAGUAAAACAACUCUUGAAACAAUAGUAACACAUUUAUCAAAUGUAACAAGCAAUAAUAUAAUUUAUUUCAAACAUAAAUAAGCUGUAUUAAAUUUGCCCUAUGUUAUGGUUAAUUAUGUACUGGUGUCUCCUUUGAUUAUGUCUAGUGAAUCUUAAUGCAGCAAUUUUUAUCUUUUUUUUUUUUCCUCAUUGUUCUAAGUUCUUGUCCA